AUGGCUGGCAGUCACACCCAGCUUGAGCCCUACAGACCCUUGAAAGCCCAGAAAGGGAAGAGGCCACCGAGGGCGCCCUUAGCACCCAGGGCUCCUGGGCCAGAGGAGGAGGAUCCCAGGGUGAAGUGCAGGGACUGUGGAGCUUUUGGGCACAAGGCAUCCAGCAGCAGGUGCCCCAUGAAGCACUGGGGCAGGGCCCUCGACCUCCAGGCUUUGGGCUCCAGGAAGCUGAAGGAGAACGUAGAACCACGGAGUCAGCAGGACCAGGAGAACCCUGGGCCCUUGAAGCAGGCUGAGAGGAAGAAGGGAGAGGGACCAAGGCAAGAAGCCUGGCAGAGGGAGGCCCUGCUCCAGAGAUUCCCCAGGCGACCCCAAGGGGGGCAGAAGCAAACCUGGAAGGAUUGCACAGAAUCCUGCAGCUACGUGAGGAAAUCCGAGGGAUUCUUUGGUCACGUCCCUGUGAGUGUCCUCCAUGAGGACCUGCAGGUGUCCUCGUCCUCUGAAGACAGUGGGAGAGAGUGA